AUGGACGCACAGAACCUUCUGGAGCAGACGGAGUUAAGGAAGAGAAAGCAGCGAGAUCAGCUGAUAGCAGAAGACUGGCCGUUUGGGGUUCAUGUUUGCAAGUUGAUACCGUUUAUCCAGAAGGCUUCAGUAGGAAUCACUGUCCUCAGCCUGUGUGCCCUGAGCAUCGACAGGUACCAUGCGGUGACGUCGUGGAGUAGGGUGAAGAGGAUAGGGAUCCCUCUGUGGAAGGCUAUGCAGGUCACAUUCAUAUGGCUGGUAGCUGUCCUGCUGGCUGUUCCGGAGGCUGUGGCCUUUGACAUGAUGGAGCUGCCUUACAGAGGCAGCAAGCUGCGAGUCUGUCUGUUACACCCCCAGCAGAACACUGCUUUUAUGAAGUUCUACCAGGAUGUGAAGGACUGGUGGUUGCUAGGGUUCUAUUUCUGUCUUCCUCUGGCCUGCACCGGCGUCUUCUACACCCUGAUGACCUGGGGGAUGUUGAGCAGGAAGAAGGGCAUGAGGAUCGCUCUCAACGACCACAUGAAACAGCGUCGCGAAGUGGCUAAGACAGUCUUCUGCUUGGUGGUGAUCUUUGCUCUGUGCUGGCUACCGCUCCACCUCAGCCGCAUACUGAAGAAAACCAUCUACGAUCAGAACGACCCCAACCGCUGUGAACUACUCAGUUUCCUGCUAGUGAUGGAUUAUAUCGGUAUCAACAUGGCGUCUCUCAACUCCUGUAUCAACCCUGUCGCUCUCUACUUCGUCAGCCAGAAGUUCAAAAACUGUUUCAAGUCGUGUCUGUGCUGCUGGUGUACGAGGAGCAGGAAUGUGCUUCCAGAGAGAGACGGUGUCCGCUGGAAGGGAAGCUGUCAUGGCAACGAACUCGACAGAACAAGCUCUCGUUCCAGUCAGAAAUACACCUCCACCUAAACAAACACUCACACACAGGUACAUUCCUGCAUGAAGACACACUCGCCCUUCCUUCUUGUCCAGUCCAGCUAAACCCAACCUAACCCCAGUUUAACUUCACCCAGCCCCAUCCCCUCUCCUUCUAAACCCAACCUAACCCCAGUUUAACUUCACCCAGCCCCAUCCCCUCUCCUUCUAAACCCAACCUAACCCCAGUUUAACUUCACCCAGCCCCAUCCCCUCUCCUUCUAAACCCAACCUAACCCCAGUUUAACUUCACCCAGCCCCAUCCCCUCUCCUUCUAAACCCAACCUAACCCCAGUUUAACUUCACCCAGCCCCAUCCCCUCUCCUUCUAAACCCAACCCAACAUACCCCCAGCCCCAUCCCCUCUCCUUCUAAACCCAACAUACCCCCAGCCCCAUCCCCUCUCCUUCUAAACCCAACAUACCCCCAGCCCCAUCCCCUCUCCUUCUAAACCCAACAUACCCCCAGCCCCAUCCCCUCUCCUUCUAAACCCAACAUAACCCCAGCCCCAUCCCCUCUCCUUCUAAACCCAACAUACCCCCAGCCCCAUCCCCUCUCCUUCUAAACCCAACAUACCCCCAGCCCCAUCCCCUCUCCUUCUAAACCCAACAUACCCCCAGCCCCAUCCCCUCUCCUUCUAAACCCAACAUAACCCCAGCCCCAUCCCCUCUCCUUCUAAACCCAACAUACCCAACAUACCCCCAGCCCCAUCCCCUCUCCUUCUAAACCCAACAUACCCCCAGCCCCAUCCCCUCUCCUUCUAAACCCAACAUACCCCCAGCCCCAUCCCCUCUCCUUCUAAACCCAACAUAACCCCAGCCCCAUCCCCUCUCCUUCUAAACCCAACAUACCCCCAGCCCCAUCCCCUCUCCUUCUAAACCCAACAUACCCCCAGCCCCAUCCCCUCUCCUUCUAAACCCAACAUAACCCCAGCCCCAUCCCCUCUCCCUUGGCCCCAUUCCCAGUCACAUGUUCUUACUGGGACUGACGGGUCGACAAUGCUGUGACAUCACUGUGUAGCACUGAAACAGACAGCCUGCAUCGGACGAAAACAAACCAAUGACCCAAGCUAAGCUAGCCCUAAUACUUACCAUGGAGGGAAACAAAGAUAUCCCUAAUACUUACCAUGGAGGGAAGCAAGGAUAUCCCUAAUACUUACCAUGGAGGGAAGCAAAGAUAUCCCUAAUACUUACCAUGGAGGGAAGCAAAGAUAUCCCUAAUACUUACCAUGGAGGGAAGCAAAGAUAUCCCUAAUACUUACCAUGGAGGGAAGCAAAGAUAUCCCUAAUACUUACCAUGGAGGGAAGCAAAGAUAUCCCUAAUAAUUACCAUGGAGGGAAGCAAAGAUAUCCCUAAUAAUUACCAUGGAGGGAAGCAAAGAUAUCCCUAAUACUUACCAUGGAGGGAAGCAAAGAUAUCCCUAAUACUUACCAUGGAGUCAAUCAAAGAUAUCCCUAAUACUUACCAUGGAGGGAAGCAAAGAUAUCCCUAAUACUUACCAUGGAGUGAAGCAAAGCUAUGCCUAAUACUUACCAUGGAGGGAAGCAAAGCUAUCCCUAAUACUUACCAUGGAGGGAAGCAAAGCUAUCCCUAAUACUUACCAUGGAGGGAAGCAAAGCUAUCCCUAAUACUUACCAUGGAGUGAAGCAAAGAUAUCCCUAAUACUUACCAUGGAGGGAAGCAAAGCUAUCCCUAAUACUUACCAUAUAGUGAAGCAAAGCUAUCCCUAAUACUUACCAUGGAGUGAAGCAAAGCAAUCCCUAAUACUUACCAUGGAGUGAAGCAAAGCUAUCCCUUAUACUUACCAUGGAGGGAAGCAAAGUUAUCCCUAAUACUUACCAUGGAGUGAAGCAAAGCAAUCCCUAAUACUUACCAUGGAGUGAAGCAAAGCUAUCCCUAAUACUUACCAUGGAGGGAAGCAAAGCUAUCCCUAAUACUUACCAUGGAGUGAAGCAAAGCAAUCCCUAAUACUUACCAUGGAGUGAAGCAAAGCUAUCCCUAAUACUUACCAUGGAGGGAAGCAAAGCUAUCCCUAAUACUUACCAUGGAGGGAAUCAAAGCUAUCCCUAAUACUUACCAUGGAGGGAAGCAAAGCUAUCCCUAAUACUUACCAUGGAGUGAAGCAAAGCUAUCCCUAAUACGUACCAUAGAGUGAAGCAAAGAAAUCCCUAAUACUUACCAUGGAGGGAAGCAAGGAUAUCCCUAAUACUUACCAUGGAGGGAAGCAAAGAUAUCCCUAAUACUUACCAUGGAGGGAAGCAAAGAUAUCCCUAAUACUUACCAUGGAGGGAAGCAAAGAUAUCCCUAAUACUUACCAUGGAGGGAAGCAAAGAUAUCCCUAAUACUUACCAUGGAGGGAAGCAAAGAUAUCCCUAAUACUUACCAUGGAGGGAAGCAAAGAUAUCCCUAAUAAUUACCAUGGAGGGAAGCAAAGAUAUCCCUAAUACUUACCAUGGAGGGAAGCAAAGAUAUCCCUAAUACUUACCAUGGAGUGAAUCAAAGAUAUCCCUAAUACUUACCAUGGAGGGAAGCAAAGCUAUGCCUAAUACUUACCAUGGAGUGAAGCAAAACUAUCCCUAAUACUUACCAUGGAGGGAAGCAAAGCUAUCCCUAAUACUUACCAUGGAGGGAAGCAAAGCUAUCCCUAAUACUUACCAUGGAGGGAAGCAAAGCUAUCCCUAAUACUUACCAUGGAGGGAAGCAAAGCUAUCCCUAAUACUUACCAUGGAGGGAAGCAAAGCUAUGCCUAAUACUUACCAUGGAGUGAAGCAAAGAUAUCCCUAAUACUUACCAUGGAGGGGAGCAAAGCUAUCCCUAAUACGUACCAUAGAGUGAAGCAAAGCUAUCCUUAAUACUUAUCAUGGAUUGAAGCAAAGCAAAGCUAUCCUUAAUACUUACCAUGGAGGGAAGCAAAGCUAUCCCUAAUACUUAUCAUGGAUUGAAGCAAAGCAAAGCUAUCCUUAAUACUUACCAUGGAGGGAAGCAAAGCUAUCCCUAAUACUUAUCAUGGAUUGAAGCAAAGCAAAGCUAUCCUUAAUACUUAUCAUGGAGUGAAGCAAAGCAAAGCUAUCCCUAAUACUUACCAUAGAGUGAAGCAAAGCAAAGCUAUCCCUAAUACUUACCAUAGAGUGAAGCAAAGCAAAGCUAUCCCUAAUACUUACCAUAGAGUGAAGCAAAGCAAAGCUAUCCCUAAUACUUACCAUAGAGUGAAGCAAAGCAAAGCUUUCCCUAAUACUUACCAUAGAGUGAAGCAAAGCAUAGCUAUCCCUAAUACUUACCAUAGAGUGAAGCAAAGCAAAGCUAUCCCUAAUACUUACCAUAGAGUGAAGCAAAGCAAAGCUAUCCCUAAUACUUACCAUAGAGUGAAGCAAAGCAAAGCUUUCCCUAAUACUUACCAUAGAGUGAAGCAAAGCAAAGCUAUCCCUAAUACUUACCAUAGAGUGAAGCAAAGCAAAGCUAUCCCUAAUACUUACCAUGGAGUGAAUCAAAGAUAUCCCUAAUACUUACCAUGGAGGGAAGCAAAGCUAUCCCUAAUACUUACCAUGGAGGGAAGCAAAGCUAUCCCUAAUACUUACCAUGGAGUGAAGCAAAGCUAUCCUUAAUACUUACCAUAGAGUGAAGCAAAGCAAAGCUAUCCCUAAUACUUACCAUAGAGUGAAGCAAAACAAAGCUUUCCCUAAUACUUACCAUAGAGUGAAGCAAAGCAAAGCUUUCCCUAAUACUUACCAUAGAGUGAAGCAAAGCAAAGCUUUCCCUAAUAAUUACCAUAGAGUGAAGCAAAGCAAAGCUAUCCCUAAUACUUACCAUACUGACAUCUGAAUUAGAUGUUGAGUUACACAUGAUGACCAGACCAGACAAAAGCUACUGUUUCUCACAGUAGCAGACAAGGUUUAUCUCAAUACUGGCAUCAGACAGAGAGGGGCUUAAUGUCUGCAGGGCUGCAUCAUCAUGUGAUACACAGCACAGAGCCAGGAGAGGACAGAGAUGAAUGGCACAUUAGAGUCAUGCGGUCGGAUCGACGUCACAAAGACCGUUAACAAGCGACAGGUGAAUCCCUGUAAUACUGUUAUGAUCAUGUUAAGAUCUGUGUAUGUUGUUGUUUCUUAGUCUGCUUACAGCUAGUAGUACUCUGUAGAAAUCACUAUGUAGAAAGCCUUACCUGAGGUUGCAAAGUUCCCGGAACUUUCUCAAAAUUACCAGGUUUCCCCGAAGUCCUGGUUGGUGGAUUCUGGAUUUCCUGUGUUUACCUAUUCUCUUCUAAUUCUGGAUUUCCUGUGUAGGCCUAUUCUCUCCUGAUUCUGGGAAUCUUCCAACCGGAAUUUCUGGAAAACCUGGGAAUUUUGGGAAAGUUAGCGUCAUUUUGCAACCCUAAUAUAGACACCAUUAUGUAUAAAGCCUCCAACUUUGUCUAAAGAUUGCCUGAGUGCCUUCAGAUGUAUUUUUAUAAGAAAAUAUCUUUUUGUAAGACAUUUAUUCAAACUGUCCAAAUUAUUACCAUUUUAUCUUUACAAAAUACUGUAUUAUAUGUUGUGAUUAUCUUCAAAUAUAUUUUACUUUACCAAUGUGUUUUCCUUUUAUGUAAAAUAGAACUAUUGCUGGAGUUUUUCAUAUUAAAAAAGCUUUUCCAUUGUACCUAUGCAGCAAUAAAUACUAUUUUAUCACAGUCUGGUUUCAAACUCUCUGGAUCUCGAUAUGGUUACAGUCAACCCUCAGAAUAAUAUAACUCUGGAUGCAAUAAGAUUAUAGUUAACCCAAGUCAGAAUAAUAUAACUUUGGAUGCAAUAAGAUUAUAGUUAACCCAAGUCAGAAUAAUAUAACUUUGGAUCCAGUAAGA